ACUCAGGUCUCAUCAUUCGAAGUGUAAACGUCGACUGUGGUAUAAUUUCAAAACAUGUCUGGAAGAGGAAAAGGCGGUAAAGGAUUGGGAAAAGGAGGUGCCAAGCGUCACAGAAAAGUUUUAAGAGAUAACAUCCAAGGUAUCACCAAGCCUGCAAUCAGACGUCUUGCAAGAAGAGGCGGUGUCAAGAGAAUCUCAGGUCUCAUCUAUGAAGAAACUAGAGGUGUCUUGAAAGUAUUUCUUGAAAACGUCAUCAGAGAUGCUGUAACCUACACUGAACACGCAAAGAGAAAGACCGUAACUGCUAUGGACGUCGUCUAUGCCCUUAAACGUCAAGGAAGAACCCUCUACGGUUUUGGCGGUUAGAUGUGUUCCUGCUUUUAAAGAAUAUACAAAAACGGCCCUUUUGAGGGCCACCAUAUCUUUGCCAAAGAUGUUAAACUAAAAACAACCAUUUUACAUUUAUUAAACAUGUAAACAUCUUAAACUCACACUGAAAUUUUUUAUGCUAUUAUGUUCAAAACUUUGUUACUGGUUAAUUUUAAGCUGAUUGAAUAAACUGAUCAUAAAAGAAAUCAUACCUGUUCAAUUUUCAUAUUAUAUUAAAAGUACUAUUACAAAAUGACCGCCAUUAUUAUAGUAGUA